AUGUGGAGAGAGCCUGAGAAAGAGGCCAAGCGCCUGGGAGCGCUUCUCAAGCUGGGGAGGCUCCAGGAUGUGAGCAGUGCAGGCAAAGCAGUAAACCCUCAGUAUGUGUACUCUGAGGAGCACACUGCAGCUUUUUCAGAGACAAAGCUCACACCAUCCACUAGCAGCUCUCAAGCACCCUAUCCCUGUGAACACUUGGUAAUACUCACUGAUGAUGACAAUUCAUAUCUGCCCAGGACAGGGACAACACUGCUCCUGUCUGCUGCUGCAGCAGGGCUGGUCCACUGUCCCAGUAUUGUAUUUGUGUGGCCAACUUUUCUUCUGUCUCAUUCACACUCCCUGCCCCUGCCUACCCCAGCAACAACACCCAUCGCCCCAGAAGAAGAAGAAAAAGAAAAGAAGAGCUCACAGCACAGCAUCUGUGAAUUAAAUCAAGCUACAAAAGUAUCCAGGCAACUGAGUCCAGCGUGCCGCCAGAGAUCCAGGGCUAUCAUUUUGUCUCUUGCCUCAUUUUUAUCCCCUCUUCAAGAAGCUCUUCCAAAGACUCAAAAGCCAUGUCAUCCACCUGUUGGCCCUACAACUUGCCUGCGUCGACGCUGUGUCCCCGCAGACAUCACCUGGAGGGUGGGAAUUCUGUUCCUGAGGGAAGGCACGUCAGGAGAGAAUGCGUGGUUACCUGCUCAAGCUCCCAUGUGGAACAUCCUCUGGGUACCCAGUCUGGCUCAGCAGCUGCCACCUCUCCUCCACAGAUUGGGAAGUAUCCCCAGUGGGCUCCACUGCAUGUCCUAUCUGCCUAUUCUUUUUACACACCACAAGAUCCUCCCAGAGAAAGAGUCACCAUAGUUUCUUGGCAUCCUGAACAAGGAAUUGAACAAGACACCCAGAAACUGAAGUGAAAGCUUGUUUCUUCAGCAAAGAUCAAAGAUUAGUACACUGCAAAGGAUGGGGGCAAGCCACUGAGAAGCGGAGAAGAAAAGUGUCAGAGUCUUUGCAUGGUUUUCACAUGGUGGAAGGAGUUCUUUGAACUGGAACUGAAAAGAGUAGACGGUGUCAUGGCAGUAAGAAGAGCAGUGGCCUGGCUUGGGGCACAGAGCGCAGGAGGCCAGCAGGACAAGGUGAGACCAGGGCUGCCUGGCGCAGGCAUGGGUAAAGUGGGGCGGUGGGGCCAGGCUUAAGUCGGGGACCUUAGACAUGGAGGACUCAGCCCAGAAUAUGCAGAAAUAGAGCUUCCACCCAGGCUUCCCCAAGCCAGUCUGUACAUAUGGCCUCCUGAACCUCUGGCCACAACCUUGAAGUCUCAGUGUAGAUGUGACAAAUUUUA